GGAAAACGCUUGUGUAGUCCAUUAUUCACUGUCCAGUCAUGGCCAAGCUGCUAUUGGUACUUUUUCUAGCUGGUUGCAUUUUGAAUAUAUCCUAUUCACGUUUAAUACCUCAACGUUCUGAUUUAGUAGAACCUCUGGAUGCAGAUUAUGGUACAAAAUCAGAAGUUGUUUCAGAAUUAAACCCAGAAGACGAUUCCAAUAGUUUAACAGAGGUUUUUAAGGAAUCGAAAAAAGUUGGCAAGAGGCAAGCCGGAAAUGAAAACGCAACACCCUCAAAUAAAGCAGAAGCAGAUGCAACAGAAGCAUCCACAGGUUCAGAAGGACAAGAAACAACCGAAGCAUCAGAAGGACAAGUAACAACCUUAGGACCUACAGAACCAUCAACCCCAGAAGCAACCGUAGGAUCUACAGAAUCAUCAACCCCAGAAAAAACAGUAGCAACCGUGGAAUCUACAGAACCAUCAACCCCAGAAAAAACAGUAGCAACCGUAGAAUCUACAGAACCAUCAACCCCAGAGAAUCCAGUAGCAACCGUAGCACCUACAGAACCACCAACCCCAGAAAAAACAGUAGCAACCGUAGGACCUACUACAAAACCAUCAACACCAAAAAAAACAAAAGUGACUGUAGGAUCUACUACAAAACCAUCAAAACCAAAAAAACCAAAAGUAACCGUAGGAUCUACUACAAAACCAUCAACACCAAAAAAACCAAAAGUAACCGUAGGAUCUGCUACAAAACCAUCAGCCCCAACAGAAGGACCAUUGCCCUCAAGUACCACGAUGGCGCCAGGAUCAGACUUUCAAUUGAGCGUAGAAACUAUAAUAAACACUAUCGAUAAUGUAGCUGAAAUUGUGAAGCAAUUCGGAGAGUUCAAUGAAUUAAUUUUUGGAAUUUUUGAAACUAUUCAAGCUAUUGGAGGAACCAGCCGAGCAGCGCUGGACGUAGAGGAGGAUUCAUCCGAAGAGGAAUUUGCAUUUUAUUUUUAUUAGAUGAAAUUCUUGAUAUGGGAUAGUUAUUAUUUAUCUUUAACAAUAUAACUAUAUGCUAGAUCAAAACUUCGUAAUUUUGAAUAAUCAAAAUAAAUUUGAUUGAACUAAUUUUUG